GUGGCUGGAAAUAAAUAGACAGAACGCAGAACAGAACACGCUGAAAGUGAUCUGUAAGAGAGAAACUGACCAUGGCACUGAAGGAGGAUUCCUAUGUUGUGCUGAACGAUGGCCACAAAAUGCCAGUGGUUGGGUUUGGGACCUAUGCCCCAGAGAAGUAUCCCAAAAGUCUGGCAGAGGGGGCCACAAAGGUGGCAAUUGAAGUUGGAUACCGUCACAUAGAUUGCGCUUUUAUAUAUGGCAAUGAACGUGAGGUUGGCCGUGCAAUAAAGGAAAAAAUUGAAGAGGGGACAGUGAAGAGAGAGGAUCUGUUCUACACUGGGAAGCUUUGGAGCACUUUUCAUUCGCCUUCCAUGGUUCGUCCAGCCCUGGAGCGAUCUCUGAAGGAUCUACAACUGGAUUAUAUGGAUCUCUUUAUCAUCCACUCUCCUGUUGAAUUUAAGCCUGGGGAUGAUUUAUUUCCAAAAAAUGAGAAUGGACACUUUAUUUACAACAACACAGACAUUCGAGAUACAUGGAAGGCUCUGGAGGAGUGUAAAGCUGCUGGGCUGGUAAAAUCUAUCGGUGUCUCCAACUUUAACCGCCGGCAGCUGGAACUGAUUCUCAACAUGCCAGGUCUGAAGUACAAACCAGUCUGUAAUCAGGUGGAAUGUCACAUCUAUCUAAAUCAGAGCAAAUUGCUGGCAUUCUGCAAGUCUCAAGACAUUGCUCUUGUUGCAUACAGUGUUCUGGGCUCAAGCCGGGAUGAGAAUUGGGUAGAUCAGAAUUCGCCUGUGCUUGUUGAAGACCCUGUGCUAAAUACAAUUGCUAAAAAACACAACCGAUCCCCUGCCCAGGUGGCCAUGCGGUACCUACUACAGAGGGGAGUCAUUGUCCUUGCAAAAAGCUUCACUCCUGACAGGAUCAAACAGAACUUCCAGGUCUUUGACUUCCAAUUAAGUGAUGAAGAUGUGAAAACUCUGGAUUCACUCAACACAAAUAGUCGUUAUGUGGAAACCCCUAUGUGGAAGGAUCACCCCAAAUACCCUUUCCAUGAUGAAUAUUAGAAGAAUGGGAUUCCAUACACCUGCAUCUUCAGCUGAUCAGCAUCUCCAUUCUUACAGUUACAUUAUUUUUUUAUCAUCGAGUAAAUAUUACCACCAAAGCCAAAUUGCCAGGAAACUUGAAGCAAUAUAUUUCACUUUUUAAAUAAAUGUAUAUAUAAUUUAA